AUGCGAGCCAUGCAGCGCAGCAUUCUUGUUUUGAUGUCUUGGGUUCAGGGUGGCAUCGCCCUUCGCAACAGUGGCAUGACGAACGCCUCCGCCGACAGCCUGCCCUGUGCCUUGGGCUUUGGACGCUGCUGUGAGAGCAAGUGCAAUGGCGAGCACAUGUACCACGGGAAAUCCGACAUCAAGGUCACUUACUCCGAUUGCACAGUCUCGGAGAACUGGGAAUUCCAGAUGGUGUCGCCAGAGAAGGUCAGGCUGGUGAACCGAAAAGUGCCAGUGGAAAACGAGUUUGCCCCCGGCUUUGACAUGCCCUCGACGGCGAAGUACUUUUGCAAAGAGCGGUGCAUCAUCAGUACCCCGAAGACAAAGAGGGAAAUUUCAAAAGAUCAGGAUCAGAAAAAAAGUGUAUUGCGUGCCGGUGGCGAGAAGAACGAUUCCCCAGUCUGUGCUUUCGACAAAUUCUAUACACCAUUCUUGAUUGACUGA